AUGCAUUUCAACGCUAUCCUUAAGCAAGCUGCCACGAAUUCGAUAAAAUCCGGAAACACAAGCUCACGACUUCGCUUAAGAAAGGCUGCAUUGACCUUGACACCAGCAGCAGUUUCUCGAUUGAAGGCAUUGACUGAAGGCCCCACCCCACAAUACUUGCGAGUUGGAGUCAAGCAGAAAGGAUGUUCUGGCAAUUCAUACGAUUUACAAUUCACAGAUUCGAAAGGAAAAUUUGAUGAAAUAGUCAAUCAAGAUGGCGUUACAGUGUUAGUGGAUUCAAAGGCCUUGAUUACUGUGUUGGGUAGUGAGAUGGAUUUCGUCCAAGACAAGUUGUCUGAACAUUUCGUAUUCAACAAUCCCAAUGCAAAAGGAACUUGCGGAUGUGGAGAAUCCUUUGCUGUUUAA